AUGUCGACGGAGCCUUAUCCCAUCUCCAUCGCCACUGUCAGCCACCUGCUCGAGCUCAUCGUCAACCUCGAUGAGCCUCUGCCUUCGACCCUCGUCUCGAUCCCGUUGCUGCAGCGGCACCAUUUCCUCAACAUCACAAUCAACGAUGCCGCAGAAUAUCUUGCUUGGCCUACCAGUUUAGAAGCCGCCACCCAUUUUCUAAAUACAUUUCCCAAGGCCCCGCAUUCGGAUCUCAGCCCUACGGUCAAAUAUUCAGCAGACCCGGAGACGCUGGAAGCCCAUGUGUCCAUUACAGACACCGUCCGUCUUAUAUUUCAUUGGGAUCAAGCUUGGAAGUACCACAAUAUCGCCUUCAUGCCUUUCCCCUCCAACACCUACGAGUUCUCUGAUGCCCUGGGCAUCUUUCAGUCCACCAAUGAUUUCCUCCAAGAGGCCUCUUACCCUGUGUCCAUCGCCAGUGGAGACGAGGACGACGAUUCUUAUUGGAACUCAUACGGCCAGGAAGACGACCACGAUCGUUCUGUGAAAGUCCCCGCAAAACCCCACACUCCUCUGAAUUCUGAGGAUGCCUAUUGGGCACGCUACUCUUCUAUCCAUGGCACUGCCGACUCCACGAUCCCAUCCCCUCUUCCCGUAAAGCGCAACCUUGACCAACACUUGGAGGGCGAGCGGGUGUUCGUCACGUCGGGAUCGCUCCAACCCAACUCCACCGAGCUAUACAACCCCCUUGUCCCACCCUCACCCGGAUCUCUUGCCAAACGGCUUGCUGAUCUCUCACAACGUCCAUCAAGCCCUCCCAUGAGCCCCAUCGACGAUGAUGAAGAAGCCUCCACCGAUUCCAACACCACAUCCCCCACCCGUGACGCUCCUGAGUUGGAGUUUACUGGAGCCACCCCCGUCGAUUCGCCCUUGACAGCCGCUUCUCAAAACAACCUCGCGGGUGAAAGAAAUUCCACCACCGAUGAAACGGAUGUGGCACUCCGGCAGACGAUACAGGGCCUCUAUCAACUUUGGAAGGCCGACCGUCACCGCACAGGUUUGUCUUCAGACACCGAAGCGUUCGUUGCCUUGGUACGAAGUGCGAUUGAGGAAUGA